CACACUUCCAGUUAGUCUCAGAAUUCUCGCACCUGAGCGCUACGCUCGACACAUCCAAAAUGGUGAUAGCUGGCCUAACAUUAUGAUCUAAGACCUGAUGGGCCACCGGUGCGCCUAGCUCCAAGUAGGAUGCUCGUGAUCCGUCGUUCACUUUGCGCCGGUGAACCUCACUGCUAUUAGCGCUUAACACCUACCCAUCGCAUUCGCGAGAACAUGAGUGCUAACACGAACAACCUCUCCUCGACUCCACAGACCGUCUAUAUCGAACAUGCGAUUCAUCCAGAGAGGGACGAUUAUUUCCGCGCCCUAGCAGCUUCCACUAAAUCUCUCAAAGCAAGCCAGAAGAGCUCCAGUGUACAAUGUACGCAAUGUCAAACGAAAUUGGAGAAGCCUUUGAAAUGCGCAAAGUGUAAGAGCGUCUGGUACUGCUCAAAAGAGUGCCAAAAGAAAAAUUGGUCCACCCACAAACCGGCAUGUCACGAAGUCGAACGCUCCUCGGGGGUACUCAAAUUCAUACAAAUGUUCAGUGUAAACCCAUUGCUCAUGGGGUUCCUCAAAGUCGGUAUCGUCUUUGACUGUGGCCUGUUCGACAAUCCCCGGAUCGGAUUCGAUGUGCCAUUCAUGGCGCGUGUUGACAUUGCAAUGGAACCUAGUGACGUUCUUGACUUUGCUGGUUUAUAUUUCAAUGACCAGGCUGUCGGAGAGAAGCUUCAAGGGAUGUUGCAAGUCAAUGCCAUUACUCCGUGGCACUCAGGCACGCAAGGUCCCCUUACGCCGAAGCGGCUACAGAUAUGGCGCGAGGCUCGAGCAAAGUAUAAUGCACAAGGUUUCGCCAAAGACCCCGUAGGACUCGUAGAGUUCAUUAGCUGUAGUUGUGCAGAGGACUCAGGGAACUCGGUGACUGCUGAGUUGCACAUCCCCGCUGGUGUCCUUAAUAUUGCAAGGAAACGCGAGCCCUUCACAGGUGUCUCUGCUGUCACAGGCACGCAGUUCAACAAACCCAUGAACACUGUGACAUGUCUAGAGUAUAUUAAUUUGCAUAUUCGAGCGGAUAAGCAGAAUCAGCUACGUUUGCGGUCUGAGAUGACAGAACAAGACAAGGAAGCCAUUCGCGCUGCAGGUCGUAAUGAGGAUACACUUCCGGCUCGUAUCCUCAAAGAGAAGAUGAAAAGAGAACACCUCUAUGCUGGUGUCAUGGAAAUGACACGUGAAAUAGUCCAAUGAUCCUCGUACCUUUCUGAUCGGAGUCUCUUGUACGACACCUCUUGAAUAGGCUGCCAUUGACAUGUGUCAGUCGCCAGCACAAUCUUAUUCAAUACCUGUAUACUAUUGGUAGAAAACAAGUUGACUUGAUAUCAGCUGCCGCGAAAACGAUGCCACAUACUCACCAACGGUCAAUAUUUUCAUUCUUC